UGUGAGACUAAAAAAAGACCAACGCAGAUCACAUUGUACCGUAUUACUCUUCUCACUUAUAACGCAGGUGGUUAUUUAAUGCCGACACUGGACCCGGCUUUAAUCUUCAUAGGCGAUUUUUUAAAAGUUAGUAAUGUAACGACAAACACCGAGCACCCCCAUCAAAAUGGUACCUUCCACACGCUCACGUCCAAAACAAAGAUGGCACAUGGUAACGGGCGUUACCAAAGUGUCGUAUCGAAAUCGAAACCUGACCGCGCUGUGGCUCAAACUGCUGCCUGACAUUGUAACACAAGCCGUCAGUCCCCUCGGUGACAUUUAGCAAUGGCACUGCAAAUAUCAGCUCUGUUUUCACGUGUGAGAGUCCCUCUGUGCACCGGCCCUCUGUCCCGUGUCCGUGCUAACAUCCAGGGAGCCGGUGUCAAGUUCAAACACGCCGUAAGUGCUGGACGCCCCCUCCACCAGCUGACAGGGACGCCAGCAACAAGUCCUGUCCGCGGCCAUAUUAACGCCAAGUUUUCAACAACGACAGCAGCAGCACUUUGGAGGUCCAGCCAGGGGAACGGUUCACUCUCACCCCGGCUGAGAAGAGGCCGGCUGGGAAAGGUCACCGUCGGUGUAGCUGUCGGUGUGAGCACGGUCGUGCUGGUCCAGUCUCUCCACACCGGAGCCCUCAGCGCCAUGGCCCUCAAAGUUAACCUGAACUCCGCUGAGGGAGACUGGAAGGAGACCAAGGACUUCUUGUUGUCUCUGUCUGUGAAAGACAGGCGUCAGUACUACAGGACGUCUAGCUCUGUGCCACUCGACGACAUCCCAGUGUGGACCCCCACUGCAGGCAGUACCAAGCGAACUUUCUACCCGAGGAAUGAAAAAUUCGACCAGAGGAUUUCCGUCUACAGUGGUGACAUCACCAAGCUGGAGAUCGACGCUAUUGUCAAUGCCGCCAACAAAACUCUGCUGGGCGGAGGUGGAGUGGACGGAGCAAUCCACCGCGCUGCAGGUCCAAUGCUACAAAAGGAGUGUGCUUCCCUCCAUGGGUGCGAGACCGGAGAGGCAAAGAUCACUUGUGGCUAUGGCCUCCCAGCAAAGUAUGUGAUCCACACUGUGGGGCCGAUUGCACAAAAAGGAGUGGGUGAAGUGGAGAAGAAAGCCUUGAGGUCGUGCUACAAGAACAGCCUGGAAGUGGCCGCUAAAAACGGUGCACGCUCAGUGGCUUUCCCUUGCAUCUCCACUGGAAUCUACGGAUAUCCACCUGAACAGGCUGUGCAUGAGGCGUUAGCAACUGUGAGGGAAUAUCUGGAUGAACAUGAUGACGAGCUGGACAGAGUCAUCUUCUGUGUGUUCUUGCCGGCGGACAAGGAGCUGUAUCUGCAGAAUCUCCCGCUCUACUUCCCGGCUGCCUGACCUGUGACAGCAGCUUAUUGUUCAGAGGCCACUGUCAAGAGUAAACUCUGAGAGACUGGAUUUGUCAGAUUUGGUUGCUGUGGAUACACACCGCUGCGCUCAACAUUCAGAUUCCUCCUCCUCUUCACGGAUCAAGACCUUCUCCAGCAGGAAGAUAACUCCUAAAUGGAUAAUUGCUUAUUUUGAAGUGCAUGCUUCUGCAGUUCCUCUAUUCUUCCCACUAAUGGUCUCGGUUAAGAGAGGUGUUGUGAUGAAGGUGUGAGAAGAUAUUGAUAACUUACGUGAAAAAUGUAUGUGUUUGUACACAGCUGCACUCUUACUUGACCUUUAUUGUCUAUGAUCAAUGGUGGCUUUGCUUCAAGCUAACAACAGCCUAUGAGUUAUGUGUUAUUUGAAUUCCGUUGUGUGCGCAUGUGUGUGAGACAAUGACAAGAGCUUAUUAAAACGAAUCACACAGG